CGAGCAGCCUGGUGGCGCCAGGGAGAGCCUGUAUAGUGCCAGGUGGUGCCUUGGGUUCCAGGCUGAGCCCAUGACCCCGAUAACCUUCUGCCUCUGCACAUACCUGCCCCUCACUCCACCCCCAUCCAGGCUUUGGUAUCAGGGAGGGGGAUAGGGCCAGACAGACCUGUGGAACUUUGGCUCCAUCUCUACAAAAGGGCAUUCUGUGAGUCAGCCUGCUCCCCUCCAGGCUUGCUCCUCCCCCACCCAGCUCCUGUUGCUGAUGCACGUACAGCCCGUACACACCGUGUCCGGGACACCCUAUAGUCAGCCGCAUGGCUCCCCUGUGCCCCAGCCCCUGGCUCCCUCUGUUGAUCCCAGCCCCUAGCCAGGACCCUGCUGUGCAACUGCUGCUGUUACUGCUGCUCCUGGUGCCUGCCCAUCCCCAGAGCCUGCCUCGGAUGCAGGGGACUCCCCCAAUGGGAGGAGAUUCAUCUGGGGAAGAUGACCCACUGGGUGAGGAUGACCUGCCCAGUGAAGAGGACCCAUCUAGAGAAGAGGACCCACCUGGAAUGAAGACUGAACCAGGAGAAGAGGACUCUCUGAAGUUAGAGGAUCUACCUACUGUUGAGGCUCCCAGGGACACUCGAAGCCCCCAGAAUAAUGCCCACAGGGACAACAAAGCAGGUGAUGACCACAGACAUUGGCGCUAUGGAGGCGACCCGCCCUGGCCGCAGGUAUCGCCAGCCUGCGCAGGCCGCUUCCAGUCCCCAGUGGAUAUCCGCCCCGAGCUAGCCGUUUUCUGCCCCGCCCUGCGCUCGGUACAACUCCUGGGCUUUGAGCUCCCGCCGUUCCCCGAACUGCGCCUGCGCAACAACGGCCACACGGUGCGGCUGACCCUGCCUCCCGGGCUGGAGAUGGCCCUGGGCCCCGGGCGGGAGUACCGGGCUCUGCAGCUGCAUCUGCACUGGGGAGCUGCGGGCCGCCCGGGCUCGGAGCACACGGUUGGCGGCCACCGUUUCCCGGCCGAGGAAGGCCCAGAAGAAAACAGCGCCUAUGAGCAGUUGUUGUCACACUUGGAAGAAAUCACUGAGGAAGACUCAGAGACUUGGAUCCCAGGACUGGAUGUGUCUGCACUGCUGCCCUCUGACCUCAGCCGCUACUUCCGAUAUGAGGGGUCCCUGACCACACCCCCCUGUGCCCAGGGGGUCAUCUGGACUGUGUUCAACCAGACAGUGAGGCUGAGUGCUAAGCAGCUCCAUACCCUCUCUGGCUCCCUGUGGGGACCUGACAACUCUCGGCUACAGCUGAACUUCAGGGCCACGCAGCCUUUGAAUGGGCGAGUGAUGGAGGCCUCCUUCCCUGCUGGAGUGGACAGCAGCCCUAGGACCACGGAGCCAGUCCACCUGAACUCCUGCCUCGCUACUGGGGACGUCCUGGCCCUGGUUUUUGGCCUCCUCUUUGCAGCCACCAGCAUUGCCUUCCUUGUGCACAUGAGAAGGCAGCAGAGGUAUGACGCUGGCCCUGCCUCAGGCACAGCCCCCACCUCCCCAAGUGGAGUCCAGAACAGCUUCAUGCAAAUUGCGGGCAAGUGAGCUCGUCCUAGGCCAGUUUUCUGAUUUAGGCUUCCUGUUGUGUAGACUCAGAAGUGGGACCAAAGGGAGUGUUAGCUACCACCCAGCAGAGGUCACCGAGACUGUCGCCUAGAGGCCUGCAACUUGGAGACUGUGCAGAGCCAGCAGCCAGGAGUGAGGGGCACUGGAGGCUUUGUUGUGUCCUGCCC